AUGUGUGAACAAAUUUCUCGAGUUCUGAAACCAGGAGGUUCUUUUGUCACAUUAAAUUCAGAUCCAUUCAAUAAUGAAACCAUUGUUUGUGAAAAACAAAAAUCAUUUGGAAGCUUUAGAUCGAGAUUUCCAACAGCAGAAAAAGAAGGGAGGUUUGUCUUGAAGGAUGGAGAUCGGUUUGAGAUUUCCAUUGAUUUGAAUAUGAAUGAAGACAAUAGACAUGAGGAUUAUGUGAUCAAGUUUUUCAAUCAAUAUUUCACUCCUGAAACGUAUGAAAAGGCAUUGAAGAAAGCAGGUUUUCACACUGUGAAAUUUCAUCGAAUGGAAAUGAUUGGAAAUCUUCAAAGAACCGAUUUGAAAGAUUUUGGCAAAUAUAUGGAUUACACAGGACUAGUUUGUAUUGAGGCCAUCAAGUAA